GCCUUUGCUCGCUCCGCCUUUCUGCCCCCACCCCCACCUCACGGGCACGGGCUAUUCCGGCCAGGAAACGCCGUGGCGCCGCGUUGGGCCUAACUCGAGUCCUGCUGCCUCCCGGGAGUGCCGUGCGCUGCAGCCCGGGCCCAGGCCCCUGCAGCAACUGGGACAAGGUCUUCAGAGCUACUGACAGAUAAUUUUUUGGGACUUCAUAUUCAGAGGUCUAUACAAAGGUGACUGAGCCAAAUAAAUUUCUUUUGAUUUUUGUAUUUUGAUAAAUGCUAAAAUCAUAUGUUGAGGAUUCCUCAUGUCCAUAACAUGUUGGUCGAGGCUCUGCAGCUCACCCCCACUCUCAGAGUGGCCAGUCUCCAUUAAUUGGACCCCGUGAUUUCCACUUUCUGCUGUGCUGGACGUCAUGAGCAUUGCAAUCCCUCUGGGAGUCACCACACCAGAUACAUCCUACUCAGAUAUGGCUGCUGGAUCAGACCCUGAAUCUGUGGAGGCUAGUCCAGCAGUUAAUGAGAAGAGCGUGUAUUCCACUCAUAAUUAUGGGACCACUCAGAGGCAUGGGUGUCGAGGACUGCCUUACGCUGAUCAUAAUUACGGAGCCCCUCCUCCUCCGACACCUCCUGCUUCUCCCCCUGUCCAGACGAUCAUCCCUCGUUCUGACCUGAAUGGCCUGCCGUCGCCCGUAGAGGAACGCUGUGGAGACAGCCCGAACUCUGAAGGAGAGACCGUUCCUACCUGGUGUCCCUGUGGUCUUUCUCAGGAUGGCUUCCUUCUCAACUGUGACAAGUGCAGGGGAAUGAGCAGGGGGAAGGUUAUUAGACUUCAUCGGCGGAAGCAGGACAACAUAUCAGGUGGGGAUAGCAGUGCAACAGAAAGCUGGGAUGAGGAGCUUUCUCCUUCCACUGUGUUGUAUACAGCAACACAGCACACACCUACUAGCAUCACCUUAACUGUUAGAAGAACCAAACCCAAGAAGCGGAAAAAGAGUCCAGAAAAGGGUCGUGCAGCACCAAAGACAAAGAAAAUCAAGGCAUUUCGAGAGGGAUCCCGGAAGUCCUUGCGGAUGAAGAAUUCUCCUUCUGAAGCACAGAAUUUAGAUGAGAAUACAACUGAGGGAUGGGAAAAUCGGAUAAGACUGUGGACUGAUCAGUAUGAAGAAGCUUUCACUAAUCAGUACAGUGCCGAUGUACAGAACGCCCUUGAACAACAUCUACAUUCUAGCAAGGAAUUUGUGGGCAAACCUGCUAUUUUAGAUACUAUCAAUAAGACUGAAUUGGCCUGUAAUAAUACAGUUAUUGGUUCCCAAAUGCAGCUACAGUUGGGAAGAGUCACUCGUGUACAAAAGCACCGGAAGAUCCUGAGGGCUGCAAGAGAUCUGGCUUUGGAUACUCUUAUAAUAGAGUAUCGAGGGAAAGUCAUGUUACGACAGCAAUUUGAGGUCAAUGGGCAUUUCUUCAAAAAACCAUACCCCUUUGUGCUCUUCUACUCAAAAUUCAAUGGUGUAGAGAUGUGUGUGGAUGCACGUACAUUUGGUAAUGACGCUCGGUUCAUCAGAAGAUCAUGUACACCAAAUGCAGAGGUUCGACACAUGAUUGCAGAUGGGAUGAUUCACCUGUGUAUUUAUGCUGUGUCUGCUAUCACCAAGGAUGCCGAGGUCACCAUAGCAUUUGAUUAUGAGUACAGUAACUGUAAUUAUAAAGUGGACUGUGCAUGUCACAAGGGGAACCGGAAUUGCCCUAUACAGAAAAGGAAUCCCAGUGCCGUGGAACUGCCACUCCCACCUCCUCCAAGCCUACCCAUCAUCGGAGCAGAGACUAGACGGAGAAAAGCACGACGGAAAGAGCUAGAGAUGGAGCAGCAGAAUGAGGCUGUGGAAGAGGAUACAAACCCACAACCAGAAGAAGUUUCUGAGAAAGUGACUGUAUCCAGUGACCAUGAGGAAAUAGACAAUCCAGAAGAAGAGAAAGAAGAGGUUGCAGAUGACCAGGAGAACCCAGCUCAGAGCAGAAGGACUCGGGAAGAUAGGAAGGUUGAAGCCAUCAUGCAUGCUUUUGAAAACUUAGAGAAAAGAAAGAAGCGACGCGAUCAGUCCUUGGAACAAAGCAACUCUGAUGUAGAGGUUACUACCACCACCUCAGAGACACUUGUAGGGGAAGAAACAAAAACUGAAGUCCCUGAAUCUGAAGUUAGCAACUCUGCUUUAAACGUGGCCAUCCCAAGCACCCCACAGAGUAUUGGGGUGAAUACCCGGAGGUCUUCCCAAGCUGGGGAUGUUGCUGCAGAAAAACCAGUCCCCAAACCACCUCCAGCAAGGCCUUCUAGGCCCCGACCGAAGAGUCGAAUUUCUCGGUACCGGACCAGUUCAGCCCAAAGACUAAAGCGUCAGAAGCAGGCCAUUGCACAGCAGGCAGAGUUGUCACAAGCUGCCUUGGAAGAGGGAGGAAAUAACAGCUCAGUAACUCCUACUGAAGCUGGGAGUAUAGACAGUUCAGGAGAAAACAGGCAAUUAACAGGGUCUGACCCAGCUGUGGUAUCAGUUGCUGGAUCCCAUGUCAACCGUGCAGCAUCCAAAUACCCCAAAACCAAAAAGUAUCUAGUUACAGAAUGGUUGAAUGACAAAGCAGAGAAGCAAGAAUGCCCUGUCGAGUGCCCUUUACGUAUUACCACGGACCCAACUGUACUGGCAACGACCCUGAACAUGUUACCUGGUCUUAUCCAUUCCCCGUUAAUUUGCACCACCCCUAAACACUACAUUCGCUUUGGCUCACCCUUUAUCCCUGAGAGGCGUCGAAGGCCCCUUCUGCCUGAUGGCACAUUCAGCUCCUGUAAAAAGCGCUGGAUAAAGCAAGCCUUGGAAGAAGGGAUGACUCAAACAUCAUCUGUACCCCAAGAGACUAGAACUCAGCACCUAUACCAAAGUAAUGAGAAUAGUAACUCUUCUAGUAUCUGCAAAGACAAUGCAGACCUGUUGAGCCCAUUAAAGAAAUGGAAGUCCCGCUAUCUGAUGGAGCAGAACGUCACCAAGUUACUUCAACCUCUUUCUCCAGUCACACCACCCCCUCCUAAUUCAGGCUCAAAGAGCCCCCAGCUGACCACGCCUGGCCCAUCCCACCCAGAAGAAGAAUGUCGAAAUGGAUACAGCCUCAUGUUUUCACCAAUUACGUCUCUUACUACUGCUAGUCGCUGCAAUACUCCUCUGCAGUUUGAGCUUUGUCACCGAAAAGACCUGGACUUGACGAAAGUAGGCUACCUUGACUCCAACACUAACAGCUGUGCUGACAGACCUUCCUUGAUCAACUCAGGUCAUUCUGACCUGGCUCCUCAUCCCUCCAUUGGACCCACCUCUGAGACUGGCUUUCCAAGCAGGAGUGGAGAUGGACAUCAGACCCUCAUGAGAAACUCGGACCAGGCAUUUCGGACAGAAUUUAACCUAAUGUAUGCCUACUCCCCAUUGAACUCUAUGCCUCGAGCAGAUGGAUUGUAUCGAGGGUCUCCCCUAGUAGGGGAUAGGAAGCCUUUGCAUUUGGACGGGGGAUAUUGUUCCCCUGCAGAAGGGUUUCCCAGCAGAUAUGAACAUGGUUUUAUGAAAGACGUCUCUCGUGGAUCCAUGUCACCUGGUGGUGAAAGGGCUUGUGAAGGAGUCCCGUCUGCCCCCCAGAACCCACCACAGAGGAAAAAGGUAUCCCUGCUGGAGUACCGCAAACGGAAACAAGAAGCCAAGGAGAAUUCUGGUGGGGGAGGUGACUCUGCACAGAGCAAAAGCAAGUCUGCAGGAGCUGGGCAAGGCAGCAGUAACUCACUUUCUGACACUGGUGCCCAUGGUGUGCAGGGAUCCUCAGCCCGAACCCCAUCUUCCCCUCACAAAAAGUUCUCCCCGUCUCAUUCCUCUUUGUCCCAUUUGGAGGCGGUAAGCCCGUCUGAAUCCAGAGGCACUUCAUCUCACUGCAGACCUCAAGAGAAUAUCAGCAGCAGGUGGAUGGUUCCCACAUCUGUGGAACGACUCCGAGAAGGAGGGAGCAUCCCCAAAGUCCUCCGAAGCAGUGUGAGGGUGGCAAAAGGAGAGCCUUCUCCCACUUGGGAGAGUAACAUCACAGAAAAAGAUGCAGACCCUGCAGAUGGAGAAGGCCCAGAGACACUGAGCUCAGCACUCUCGAAAGGAGCAGCUGUUUACAGUCCUUCCAGAUACAGCUACCAGCUCCUGCAGUGUGAUAGUCCACGGACGGAAUCACAAAGCCUCCUUCAGCAAAGCUCCUCCCCCUUUCGAGGACAUCCUACCCAAUCUCCAGGAUACAGUUAUCGAACUACUGCACUGAGACCUGGAAACCCCCCCUCUCAUGGUUCUUCAGAAUCUUCCCUGUCCUCUACAUCCUACUCCAGCCCCGCCCACCCUGUGUCCACAGACUCUUUGGCUUCAUUUACGGGGACACCAGGGUAUUAUAGCAGCCAGCCACAUUCUGGAAACAGCACGAGCAGCAAUCUUCCGAGGAGGAGCUGCCCAUCUAGUGCUGCUAGCCCUACCCCACAGGGCCUCUCAGACUCACCGACCUCAGACUCGGUUUCCCAGUCCAGCACAGGAACUCUGAGUUCCACCUCCUUUCCUCAGAACUCUAGGUCGUCAUUGCCAUCAGAUUUACGGACUAUCAGUCUGCCCAGUGCUGGGCAGUCCGCUGCCUACCAGGCCUCCAGGGUAUCUGCGGUUUCCAAUUCACAGCACUAUCCACACCGCGGGAGUGGGGGUGUGCACCAGUACCGACUCCAGCCGCUGCAAGGGUCAGGAGUCAAGACUCAGACAGGACUUUCCUAGGGCUUCUGGAUUUGGGCAAACAGAACUGAAUGAGCCCAUAGCUGCUUCCUUCCAGCUGCCUCUGGAACCUAGGCCAAGCAGAUUGCUGGGGAAGAGGGUACAAGGUGCCAGAGGAUUGGGUCUGGUCAACAAGAAACAAGACUUGUGGUCGCAACUGGCUCUGGCCUUGGGAGAAAGAUGUAAAUCUUGUCUGAAGCAGAGACUAUAAAGAAGUUUCUCCCUGCUGUUAAGGGUACAUUGUUGACAAGCAAAUGGUGUUUCAGUUAGUAACGGUUCUAAGUGCAAUGAGUUGUGUUGAAGCCUCCAUCUCCCAUCCUUGCCUGUAGCCUGUAGUCACUUGUGCAGUGAGGACAUCUUUUUUAAAUCCAAAAAAGUUUUCAGGGGGGGGAUAUGAAAAGAGCCAAUCUCAAAGCCCCAAGCCAUCUGAGUAGUGUUAGGGUUUUAUGCACUUAUGAAAAAAGUUAGAUAUUUAAAAUGUCCACCAUAAGACAACCAUUCCAAAAACAGACAUCCAAGUUGUGUCCACCAAGAAUGCUCCCUACCUUUGCUUUAAAUCACCAUGAAAUAGGCAGGGAUAGUGAAGCUUGCAGUGUGCUCUAAGGGGUGCCUGGCUCUCUGAAGAAAAGCUUGUGGUCAGCUCUUGAUUAUUCAGGAGCAGAUUAUCGUAGUAGAUUGUCUGAGCCCCCAGCUUUUACCAUCCCACUCCCCUUCCUCAAGCUGUUUCACAGUUCAGUUACCCAUGAAGUAGAUAGGUAAAGAAAAGACGAAUGUUAAGUGAGAUGGGCCCAUUGCUGUGCUACUUAUCAGCUGUUGGCAAUAAAUUUGAUUAGGAAGGAUCCCAGGUGGUUUGGGAAUUCUUUGAAUUUUAUUUUUCUACUCCCACUUAAUCAGGAGUUAAUGAUCCCAUGAGUAGGACCACCUCCAUGAUUCGGGAGCAUGCACUCGUGACUGCAGGGUAAGAGUGGAAAGGUAUGUGUGUGUGUAUGUGUGUGUGGAGUGGUGCCAACAGGACUGGGAUUGUGUGUGGGCAUGUUCCACAUUUCUUUGGGGGAUGCUCAUUUGAGUGGCGCAGGUGAGAGAGUUAGAAAGCUGCCCAUGCACCUAACUGUUUUGGAUGAGAGACGAGAGCAGACUGGCUUCUCCCCAUCAGUGCAUUGUGCCUAUUGUACACCCCUGGAGGAGCUGUGGAGCCAGCCCAGGUGGGGUACACAAUCUUUUUAAAUUCCAUACGGUUGCCAGCUUAUUUCUUUCACUUGUUUACUGUAAUAUCCGGCGUGUUUUUAUUUAUCUAAUUUUGUAUUCAGUUAUAACCAUGGUAGGGGUAGCAGAUCUAUGACAGGUGUAAUCCCUGGUGCUGCAGUGGACCUUACUUCUUUUCUUUUGGACAAGAUAAUACUGUGAGUCUCCCUCCUUCCUUCCCUCCAGGUUGUUUUCUCCUCCGCGCCCCCCCCCCCCCAGCCUCUUGCAUUCUCUUCCUUCUACCCUCUCCUACAACUAUCAUAUGCACAGUCUUCUCUCUUUGUGUGUGACUGUUACAAAAUUUCACUUUUUCAAAAUUGAAAUCAGGUGUUUGCUCAAAUGAGGGGAGAUUUUUUUUUUU